GAGGAGGAGGAGGCGGAGGAGAGGAAGGAUUGAUAUAACCAGCGCGGCUGUCGAUGGGCAGCGCAAUUUUCUCUCACUCCAAGAGUUUGAGCUGAGACCGACAGAGGAGGGAGCGGGCUACCCAUUCAUUCCGGCCGCAAACAACUUUUUUUUUUUUUACUGGCGCGGAUCCGUUCAACUUUUUUUUUUUAAUUUUCGUUUAUUAUAUUAUUCUUUUUUUUUCCUUUACAUUUCUUCUUCAAAAGUCAUCAGACCGGAAACUCUGCGACAUCCCCGAGAGUGGAGAAAGUUAGAACUUGAAGAAGGACUCCUUCCCGAGACCUGCAGCGCGCUGCGGGAUUUUGCGAGCCGAAACGCGCCGAGUUCUCCAAUGCAAAAGUACGUGUACGAGAAAGCGAUGGCCCAAGAGACAAGGAACGGAGGAAGCUCCACGUUAAACAACAACAACGGCGUGGACAAAAGCAAGAAGAAGCUGCUCGUGGCGCUCGACAUCUUCUGCCUCCUGCUCGCUAGCCUGCCUUUCCUGAUCAUUGAGACUAGCACCAUAAAGCCGUACCAGCGCGGGUUUUACUGUUCGGACGAGUCCAUCCGCUUCCCCCGAAAAGAGGGAGAGACCAUUAAUGAUGCCGUGCUUUGUGGUGUCGGCAUUCUAAUUGGCACCAUUUCUAUUGUGAUUGGAGAAUGCUACAGGAUUCACCAACUGCACGUGGGAACCAAGUCAUUUGUUGGGAAUUCUUACGUGGCGGCACUCUACAAACAGAUAGGCGUGUUUCUCUUCGGCUGUGCCAUCAGCCAGUCUUUCACAGACAUCGCCAAGGUGUCGGUGGGUCGGAUGAGACCCCACUUCUUAGACGUCUGCAAACCAGACUUCUCCACCAUCAAUUGUUCCCUUGGCUACAUCACCAACUAUACUUGCACUGGUGACGACAGUGACGUGCAAGAAGCCAGGAAAUCCUUCUUCUCAGGACAUGCCUCCUUUUCCCUGUAUACCAUGCUCUACUUGGCCUUCUACAUCCAGUCCAGGUUCACUUGGCGCGGCGCUCGCCUCCUCCGCCCGUUGCUCCAGUUCACCUUGCUGAUGAUGGCCUUCUACACCGGUUUGUCGCGCGUCUCCGACCACAAGCACCACCCCACCGAUGUCCUGGCGGGCUUUGUGCAGGGAGCCCUGGUGGCCUACGGCAUAGUGUUCUACGUGUCUGACCUGUUCAAGCCCAGGGUGAAGCUGGCCACGCCCCCGCCCUCCCCGAUCAAGAAGGAGCUGCUCCCUUCGUCCGACAUCAUUGACAGGAACAACCACCACAACAUGGUGUGAGGGAGGCCGCGCCUCCUUUGCCUUACCGAAGAGCCGAUCACUGCGCUGCUCACCCCCCCUCCCCCCUACCCCCAACCCCCCAUCGGACAGUAGAAUGUAGCGACAAGAGACUGUAGCUGCUUCGUUAAUGGCAUCCUCCUCCUUUCCUCCCAGCGCCCGGCGAGGCGCUCUCCGUGGACUAGGGUGUCAGAUUUGAGAUUUGCACAGCAGAGUCCACGCUCUCCACCAAGACUUAGUAUUUCGCUAAUACCGGUAACUACUAAUCAACAUUUGAGCCCAUCCGUUUGUCUGUCCGAGCACGAGCGGAGAAGAACCUUAAGAAACGAACCAGAAAAAAAAAACACUGUAGCUGAUGAGCUGACAGGCGGAGCUGGAGCUGCAGAGGUUUGUUUUCUGAAGAAUAACCCCCACGAAGUAGGAAAAGCGAAAGAAAAAAGGGUGAACUAUAAAAAACCCCGCGCAGGGAGAGAGGAUUCGUCCCCUAAAUUCUCUGUGGCCUCGGAUAGCCGUUGGACAACAACUUCCUCAGCUAAGGGAAGGAUCUUACUGCAGUAGUUAGCAGCAGAAAAUAUAAGCAAUAUAGAAAUGUGUAACUUGAAGCACUGUUUUAACUUCCUUGUCCGUUUUCACCACUUGCUGCCUGAGUUCUUCGGCUGAAAAGAGCUUGACGGCUUUGAGCCCUGAGACCGACAAUAGUUCCUAUUGAUCGACGCUAUACUCGAAGGCCUACUCAACACAUUUACUGAGCUCUGUCUUUGAAAAUGAAGCCCCUACAGCCUUACAUGUGUCCGUCUCAGGAUGAGCAGGUCAAGCUUUUUGCAGUCGACUCUCAGUGCAGCCCAAACCCGGGAUGUUGCAGUUCUUCGAGGUAGAUUUAGUGACGGGGGGGGAAGGGCGGUGCAUUGUCUGUGGAAGAAGGCAGGUAUUCCUCCUGGCAGCAUCCCAGCAAUCAUGUAAGAGGCGUGGCUGUGCCACACCGCUGCCCAGUGUUGGAUUCUUGAGACGUGGACGGAGUGAAAGGGGUGCGACCUGUCACCAUGGAAAGAGGAUCAUGAGCUUCAACUAAGCUGGCAUAUCAUUUUAGGGGUGACUCGAGCUCUUUCCGCUGGUAGGGAGGAGCUUUUAUCCACCCAAUCCGUCAUCGGCAAUGGAUGCUCAUCUCAGUGCGUGUGUCCGUGUGUAUGUGCUUGUUCUUGUAUGUUCUGUCAUAUGUGUGUAGCAGCGCUGUGCCCUGUGACAAGGAACUCCCUCUUGGUAAAACUGUGGUGUGUGUGUGUGACAAACACAUACAAGCACGCUAUGGGCUGUGCUAAGUGAGUGUGUGUGUGUGUGUGUGUGUGUGUCGCAGAGCGAGAUAAAUGUUCUAAAAACUGUGGAUCUAACAUUUUAACUCUGUGCUGAGGAGCAUCUUAAAUCUUGCAUGUUUAGAGGCAGCCCUGUGUAAUCACUAACAGUUGUACAGUACAAGACACAGAGGUGCUUUUUUUUUUUUUUUACAGCCCACCCAGAUUUUCUCAUCCAACAAUAAACCACUAUGUUGCACAUCUUUUUUUAUUGUAUAGUCCGUCCUAUCAUUUCACCAAGCCGUUCUCACUCUCUCUUUUUUUUUAUAAAUAUAUAAAUAAUGUAUAGAUCACUAAAUUGAACUCUGUAAAAUAUUGUUUAACAUGUUUAGGUAUAUCCACUAUAAUUACAGACCUGUGUUCUUUACAAAAUGCUGCUUAUAAAGCAUAGAUUGACAGAUUUUUUUUAUUUUUUGUAUUUAGAUAAACUAUUGUAGAUUGUAAUAGUCACAUUUGUAAUAUGCAUAAAAAA